AUGGCCAGUAUUGUUGUUCACAAGGAUGCGUGCAAAAAUUCAUUUCGUCAAGGCAUUAUUCAGAUGCUUGAAAAUAUGGGGUUUUCAAUUGCACAUGAAUCGACAAUCAAUACUUUGGUUGGAAUCUGGAUGAGAAAAAUGACUGAAUAUUCACAGGGCACCAGAUUGUUCAUGGAAGCGGCGGGCAGGACAAUGCCAGUUGUUGAAGAUGCCGUAGCUGGACUACGUUAUCUUAAAGUGAACAUUCAUGAAGUUCGAGAUUAUACGCUACAAGUUGAACGGACUCAGUUGCCUGCACUACCUUUAAUACCUUCAAAACAUCCAGCUGAACGAGAUGAAGCGUCUCAUUUCGAGGCAAUGUAUGGUCCAAGACCAUCCGAAGCGGAAAUGAAGAUACGGCCGGAUCAUGUAUUCGAUUUUCUGCCGGCGAUGUACCCAGAACUUUGUGAUGGAGGAGGUAUUCCAGAGCACUUCAAGAAAGGAGGAAAAGAAAAGAAAAAAUGCGAACCAAAAGAAAAGAAGAAUGAUGAAAAAGAAAAGCCCGGAUACAAAUUUCCCUCUAAAAUACCUCUGUUUGACAACAUGACAUCAGAAGAACUUGCAUUGUAUGAGAUUCCAGAAGUCAAAAAGAAGAAACCUCUUAACAAACCAGAUAUUUCUGUUGUUACUGGCAUUACAAGUAGCGCAAAUCUUCCUACUUCUGCAUCACCAGCUGUUACUAUACCUGUAGUAGCAAAAAGGGAAGGAGGAAGUGCUAGAAAUAGCAAAUUUUCUACACCUGCGCAAUCGCCAAAAAAACCCGAUGACACCUAUCCGUCACGACCAGGUUCAUGCGCGCCAAAGUUGGAUGUACAACCAAAGGAGCCAAAGAAACCUAAGACGACAGAAGUGAAAAUACCUAGACCAAAAGGACGUCCACCUAAAAAGAGACCAGAAGUUACUGUGAUUUCGAACAGAAAGUUUGAUCCCGCUUACGUUGCAGAACAACAGCGUCAGUUAGAUAGAUUCAAGGAAGAAAAGGAAAAGCGCGAUAAGGAAGUCCUUGAAAAGGAACUGGCAAAGAAGUCAAUCGAUGAACAAAUAAAAGUGCGCCAAGAAACGUUAUUGAAGACAAUUCUGACAAAUAACAUGCUUAAUGCCUCAGCAAAUCAACCGCUGCCUGUGUCACAUCCGAAAUCUCUUAAGCUUGUUAUCGGAAAAGGACCAGGAGGCUCACCCAUUGUAUCGUCGGUGAAAUCAACACCGGUCACACCGAAUGAAUCAACAAUCCAUCCUGUUGUUACAUUUACAGUUGGUGGUAAUUCAGCAAAUCGUGCUCACGUGAAAAGCGGAAGCAAUGGAGAGGAAUCGAAAUCGAAAGAAGAUCCGGAAUGUUUUGAUUCGACACUUAACGAUACAGCAACUACAAUCGAUACGUCAAUUCAAAGCAUUGAUGAUAGCUCGUCGACAAAAGAGAAGAAGAAAAAGAAUAAAGAAAAGAAAAAACAUAAAAAGAAGAAUAUGGACGCCGAGGAGUAUCUGGAAUACAAGCGACAGAAAAAGGAAAGAAAACGAAGGGAGCGGGAAGAAAGGGAAAAACUUGAACACGCAGCCAAAACAAUUCCUGAGCCUGUCGGAGAAGCUCCCGUUCAAAGUGAAGUCGUUGAGCGGCCGAAGUUUACACUGAAGAUCAAGCUUGGAGAUACAAUUAGUGAGAAAACUGCGGAAAUGUCACCACCACCGAAAACAAAGCCCGUGGAACGGCCAAAAUCUUCAGCAUCGACUAGUUCGAAUGUCGCAAGUGAUGAGAAACCAUCUCAGCCGUUCACGAUUACCUUCAAAAACUUGUUCAGAGAGUACGGACCUGAUUGCAAAGAAAAAAAACCGUCUGAUAAACAUUCGCCAGUAGAUAAACCAGACGUUGUCGUGCGGGAACCAGACGUGGCAAUACCACAACAAGAGGAGCGCAGCAAACACAAGAAAGAUAAGAAGGACAAAGAGAAGCGAAAAAAAGAGAAGCGUGAAAAGGAAGAUCGUGAACGUGAGAAGCGGAAACUCGAAGAAGAAUUGAGACUUCAAAAAUUGGAAGCACAAAAACGAGAAGCUGCACGUCAACAAGAGGAAAUGGAAGCCGAAAAACGGCGUGAAGCUGAACGGGAAGUCGAACGGGAUGCUGAACGGAAGCGUUUGCAAGAAGAAGCACGUCGAAAGGAGGUUGAAUUUAAGGAACGCAAGGAGAAGAAAAAAGAAGAACGCAGAAAAGAGAAAGAAAGGGAAAAAGAACGUCAUAAGAACGGACCUUCUUCGUCGCGCCCUAGCAAGAAGCAUAAAAAGAAGGAAAAAGAAAGGGAAAAGUCGAAGCGUGAAAAAUCCAAGUCGAAAGAAGGUAGUCCUGAUGGUUCACCAAGACAUAUCAAAGCUCUUCUUACCAAUGACGACGACAGCUCCGAGGAGGAGGAGAUUUGGGUUUGUCCUGUUUGCUCAGUUGCUUACACUGAAGGCGCAAACAUGGUUUGUUGCGACAUGUGCGAUGAUUGGUUUCAUUGGCACUGCGUUGGUCUUCUCGUCGAGCCGGCAUCGAAUGUAUCAUGGUAUUGUCAAAGAUGUUCGGGCAAAAAGAAGCACAAGGAUUUGAAGCGUCCCCACAGCGGCACUGGAGAACCUGAACCUAAAAGAAAAAAGAAGUACUGA